UGUACACAUAAAGAUUUUCAAUAAUUCAUCCAUUAAUUCUUCUAGAUGAAUCAUCAAUAUUACAAAAGAUUAAAUUUUUGUUUAUUCAUGGCUCUCUUUCAAAUUUCCCAGUUAUCACCCACAUUAGUAUGUAAACUACUUAACAAAUUAAAUAAUACUCUUAUCAGACAGAUAUCAGAUUAUAUAUAAUUAUAAGCUGUAGUUCACUUAUCAUCAUUUUAUUUUUGAAUAGAUCCCACAACAAAAAUGAUCUUCAAAUCAGUGUUCUGUGUCGUGACUGUUUUGCAACUAUGUGAAGGUGCCAAGAUCUUAGGUAUUAUCCCAACACCUUCGUACAGCCAUCAACUUGCGUUUCAACCAAUUUGGAGGGAAUUAUCUUUAAGAGGUCAUAAUGUUACUGUGAUAACUGCAAAUCCGUUGAACGACCCCAAACUGAUCAAUCUGACCGAAAUCAACAUCAGCACUGUUUAUGAUUGUAUAAAAAGAAAUAACGUUUGGGAUUUGGCGGCUAACAAAAACAUUCUGUUCUUAAUAAACUCCUUUAUAGAAUUAAUGCGUGACUGGUCGGAGGUGAUUUUAAGUCACCCUCAAGUACAACAACUUAUAAAGGACCCGAGUUUUAAUUUUGAUCUAGUUUUUUACGAAGCUUUAUCACCAGUUUCUUUGGCUUUUGCCUAUAAAUAUAAAUGUCCUGCAAUUGGGAUGGCGUCAAUGGAUGUUCCCUUUAUGUACCACCAGGCAAUGGGAAAUCCUACACAUCCUCUAGUGUCGCCGGAUUAUAAUCUUAAAAUAGAAGAUACUGAAAACAUGAGUUUCUUUGAUAGAUUUACAGCAGUGUUCUCAGACUUCGUCGGCAACGUAUUAGUAAGGGUAUUGUUCACUCCUGUUCUGAAUGAUGUACACAAAAAACAUUUCGGUGAAGAUUUUCCUGAUGUAUAUGACCUUUUUAAUUUGACGGACAUUAUUUUUACCACUACUAAUCCCAUUUUUAAUAAUAUACGACCUGUUAAUCCUAACACAUUCACCAUUGGAGGAGGACUGCAUAUCCAAAAACCGAAACCACUACCAAAUGAUUUAAAACAAUAUCUAGAUGGUGCAAACGAUGGCGUGAUAUACUUUAGCCUAGGGUCAAAUGUUAAAGGUAGCCUUUUGACCGAACAAAGCAAAACCGCAAUUAUGAACGUGUUUUCCCAACUACCACAAAAAGUAUUAAUGAAAUGCGACUGGGAAAACAUUACGAUACCACAAAAUGUUAAAGUGGAAAAAUGGCUUCCUCAACAAGACCUUUUAAGACAUCCAAAUAUAAAACUAUUUGUUACCCAAGGUGGUUUACAAUCCUUGCAGGAGGCUAUAACUAAUGGUGUCCCGAUUGUCGGAAUACCAUUUUUUGGUGAUCAAUACAGUAAUGUUUUUAGAAGUGUCAAAAAAGGAUUUGCUGUUAGACUUAACAAAGAUGACAUUACUGAAGAAUCUUUUAAAGGGGCUGUUUUAGAAGUCUUAAAUAAUCCAAAAUACAAAGAAACAGCGAUAAAAAUGGGGCAAAUCAUGUACGAUGAACCAAUGACAAGUUUGGAAAAAGUGAUAUGGUGGACCGAAUACGUUAUAAGGCACAAGGGAGCUCAACAUUUAAAAAGUAAUGCUCCACGUUUACCAUUUUAUCAGUAUUAUCUUUUAGAUGUUAUUGGAAUUGUUCUUUUAAGCUUCUUAGUUUUAAUUUAUGUACUGUAUAAGUUGUUUUGUGUAUUAAGGUUUUUGUGGCGCAGUGUAUUAAAAAUAUUUAAAACUAAACAAGAUUAAACAUAUUAAAAUGUUUUUUAAUUUAUUCUAAUAUUUUUUUCAUACCAAUUAUAAAUUAUUUAUUAUUUUUGUAACAGCUGAAUAUUUAUGUCAAAUCUUGAAUAUUUAUAUUUCUAAUUGUAAUGCAGUUUAAUAAACAAUAAUCAAUCAUCGAA